AUGACAGCUAGGUCCUUCGCUCCUUCUCAUCUCCUCACCAUUUCUGGAUUGCUGUACUAUUCAACUUGUAUGGCCCUUCCUGGCUUGGAACAGAAGAAACGUGGUGGUCAUAAAGGAUGCUGUCUGAUGAUCCCUCCUCCACCGCCGCUGUUUCCACCACCAUUUUUCAGAGGGGGCAGGGACUCUCUCCUUGCCUUAGACAUGAAAAACUUACAUAUGGAGCUCCAGACUAUACAAUCUUCAUGUAUCCAAGGAUCACGUGGCCCACCUGGACCUCCUGGCCCCCAGGGUCCACAGGGGAUUCCUGGUACUAUCGGACCAAAAGGGGAAAAGGGGGAGCUGGGCAGACCAGGAAGAAAGGGUAGGCCUGGUCCUCCGGGAGAUCCUGGCCUGCCUGGACCAGUUGGCGCAACUGGACCCAAGGUAAGAGGUGAAAAAGGGGACCUGGGCUUGAUGGGACUACCAGGAACCAGGGGACCGAUGGGCUCCAAGGGUUAUCCUGGAACCAGAGGAGAAAAGGGCUCCAGAGGUGAAAGAGGCGCCUCAGGCCCAAAAGGAGAAAAGGGCUUCCCAGGACUCCCGGGAAUGCUGGGACAGAAGGGAGAAAUGGGUCCAAAGGGUGAGCCUGGAGUUUCAGGUCACAGAGGGCCUACAGGGAGACCGGGAAAACGAGGCAAACAGGGUCAGAAAGGAGAUUCGGGAAUCAUGGGUCCACCUGGACGACCCGGACCUUCUGGACAACCCGGUCCUCCGGGACCCUCGGUUUCUGGUCAGUUUUCAGUUGGACCAAAAGGGGAGAGAGGACUUCCAGGGCCUCCGGGAAGGUGUCUAUGCAGAACCCCCGUGAAUAUGAAUAAUCCACCAUACGAGGGACCUGUGUACGGACAGAACUACCCCAGAGUACCUGUGAUUUUUGUGGUGAAUAAUCAGGAGGAGCUGGAGCGGCUGAACACCCAGAACGCGUUAGCCUUCCGAAAAGACCAGAGGUCUCUGUACUUCAAGGAUAGUGUUGGCUGGCUCCCAAUCCAGCUUACCCCUUUCUAUCCUGUGGAUUACCCUGUAGACGUUGGCAGCACUUGUGGCGAUGGGAUCAUCCAGGCUGGGGAAGAGUGUGAUGACGGCAACAGCAUUGUGGCCGAUGACUGUAUAAGAUGUCACCGGGCUUACUGUGGGGACGGCUUCCGACACGAAGGAGUGGAAGAGUGCGACGGAAUGGACUUUGGUUACCUGACUUGUGAAACAUACCUCCCCGGGUCUUAUGGAGAAUUGCGAUGCACUUUGUACUGCAACAUCGAUUCUACACCUUGUCGGUAUUUCACAUGAAGAGGCGGGAAGGGGGGGCGGCAUCCCACGUAAAAUGGACAGCAGCCGUUACACUGUCCCAAAACCAACUAGGACGGGUACAAGAAUACCAACCCUCGGUGUGAAAAUGAAAAAAAAAAAGGCAUCUUGCUGCUGCUGGCUGUUCGAGAUGUGUUUUGAAUUAAGUCUGCCUGGAAGAAAACAGGACCACUGCAUUCUGUCUGAACACAAGCUGUUGAGCAACAUUUCACUCGCUUGCCUAAGGGGACUCCCCUGCAUCACUACUGAAAAGCCAAACCGCUGGAAAACGAAAAAGGAACAAGACAAUACCUCGACUUCGCACUGUUAGACCUAAUCAUAGACUCGGCAGAAUUUUUUAUUUGUUUUUCUUUUGUCUCUAGGCUCUCUCCAGAUGACACCAAGUAUAUACUGGGAAAGGGGUGUUUCUGAAGGCUAUCGCACUCUCCCUCAAUUAUACAGUGAACUUCCCAAUGUUCUCCCCGCGUGAAUUGUUGUUUCAGUAACUGAUGCAGGGCCUAAUUGCACUCAUUGAAGGAGUAUGAGUUUGGGAAGGGCAGAUGGAAGCGGGGCAGGGAAAGAAACUUCCCCUCCUCUGCGUAA